CUCUUCUGAUUUUAAUUCAUCGUCCCUCCCUUAUCGGCCUUCAUGAGCCGCCUGUUUGAUAUCCAGGAGACACGCGGCGACCGAGCAACAAGGUCUCUUCCUGAUGUUCGGUAACAACGUUCAACAAUCCUUAGUUCACCUCUCUGGGAAACCUGCUCAAGACAACGACCCUCAGCUACCUCGGGGAGAAUGCGGGUUCCUACUGCCUGAAGCCGGCGCCGGGAACGGCUCUCGACAGAGAUGCUCGUGCCGAAGCUUCUACCCAGACUCCGUGGUCCGCUCUCGCUGUGGCUGCGGACACCAGGCCUGGCAUCAUGAGCAUCAAUCAGUCGCAGCCGUAUCUAUAGAGGAGCAUGCCGCGGUGAUAGAGGAAAUGAAGAGAUUGAGGCAGGAGAUUAAGAGGUUCGAGAACCUAGAGCAGGAGCUGAAGCAGGAAUUAUUCAAGGAGAGGAUGUCCCGAGAAGAGCAUUUCAAAAUAUACAGGGGAAUAGAGGCGGGAUUGUAUGAGAAUAUGAAGUGGUUGAAGGUGCACAUGGACGACAAGGUGGAGGCAGUGGUCGACAAGACGCAAGAAUUCAACGAUCAGAUCAAGUCGGUACAGGAGAAGCUGACAUUGGUGGACGAGGUUACAAUGGAAUUAGAGAAUAGGAUCGAUCGGGUCGAGCACAGCACUGGAGCCUCGUCAAGAGAAGUCACACCACAAGCCUCAACGCCCAAGGCUCCACCAGUCCCACAGUUGCCACUACUCUUGCAGCCACAUCACACAUUCGGCCAGUUACCGAUUCGGACAGACAAGAAGUAUCCAUUGUCAUGGAACGUGCGCGUCAUCUUCGUGCCACGGAAGGCACUCAAGUUCGCGUAUGAUCCCGACAGCAACGCCUACAGGCGAUGUGCUUCACGAAACUUGCACCAGACUCUCGAAUUCCCCAGUCAGGACAGCUCAUGCUUCGCAAAUGCGAUCGAGACGUCUUUCAAAGGCAUCAUCCGUGGACGACGUUGGAUGCCAAUGACAGCCCAUCGCCCAGCAGAUGAGCCGUUUGGUCGAAUGGCGCUUACCUGGCUGCCUCAAGACCUUACUGUAAGGGACGUAUGGGAUUAUCCCUUUCUCGAGGACCACUGCAUAGCGCACGACAAGAUGCAAGGCGACGUCCUCUACAUCACCCUCCAAUACGAAGACGUAACGUGGCAGGAGAUCCGAUUCCUGCCGUCAGUUCUUGGAGCCGACGAAUCAUGUUGGUCGCACGACGAAGAGCUGGAUGGCAUAGCCAAGUACAAGAGCCUGGACUCUGAGAUUAUGGCGCUUUCUAAACUGGAUGUCCUUGCAGAUUCCGCCUCGAUGCUGUCAAGGGUACAGACGAAUUACUCCUCCGAACGGAGCAGUCUCCGCAGCUUCGAGACUGAAGAAACCGAUGACGAGCACCGCGACAAGAAGCCCAAGCUCCGCCCCAAGCAGUCCAUGCCCAAUAUUAACGGCUCGGGCACUGCCGUGACGCCUAUGUAUGUCUCAGGUCGAUCCAAGAGGAAGAUGCCGGUGCGCGAGAAAGGAGUUAAGGAGCCAUUACACUUCAAUGUCACAAACGUGGCGAAGUGGAGACCUAAUUUGCUUCACCCCCAUUCAUCCAAGGGUAAGGAAGCAGCAGAGUCCCACUGAGGUGUUUGACGUGUAUGAUUACCACCCUUUAUUUCCUUUGUCAUGUUUCCCAAUUGAUGUUUUCCUUUUAGAGGCGUUUUGCGAAAAGCCUCAGGUCCGGUGGCAAGGGACCUCGG